GUCGCCAUCACUCAUUCCCUUCCUUAUUUUCUCUACUUUCAUUUACACAGAUUAUUCGUCAGUCGGCGGAGGAUUGACCACGAUGGCCUCCUUACUAGGCGCUGCCUAUGAAUCCAGCGACGAUGAGACCCACCAGGCACAGGCGCCCGCGGCGACCAAGGUCGUUGCGGCGCCCGAAGUAAAUACAGAGGAUCAAGCACACAUGCAGAUGAUGCUCGCCAACACGUCGUCCGGCGCCCUCACCUACAACGCAACGUACGAUGAUCUGUCCCGUCCGUCGCAGGGCCCGUCGAACCCUUUCAAACCCGAAGGACCAGCGAGCGGUCUCAAGCGCAAGAACGUACCAACCGGAUUCGCCGAGGAAGCGGCCAUGAGCGAAGCCACGUUCGCGGCACAGCACCGCACCUUCCAAAGUCUAGGCUACACUCGCAACCCGACCCUCCCGGGCCAGUUUGUCGGGGAUCUGGAGCAAGCGGCUCAAUACGGGGGCCGGGACGUCGUGCAGAUGAAGCCGUCGAAGGAGGUCUCGGCGGCUCUGCGCGCCAAGCGGCAACGGAAGGGCGAUUCCAGCAUCGUGGAAGGCGAGGGCGCGUAUCUGGGCCCGUGGGCGAAAUACAAGGAUGACGACCACGUCUACGAGGAGGAGGCGGCGCUGGCGAAUCGAGAGCUCGCCAGCGACGAGGAAUUCGUGGAAGAAGACCUCGCCACUGCGCCCAUGCCGGCCAUGAGCAAGGAGGCGACGGACUACCAGGACGACUCGUCCAAGGUGGAAUCGACCGAAUUCCACGGGUCCGAGCAGCUCGACUACAUGGGCCGCACGUACAUGCACGUCCCGCAGGAUCUGGACAUCGACCUGCGGAAGGAACCCGGCAGCGCCAAGAACUACAUCCCCAAGAAGCUUGUGCACACGUACAAGUCGCACACGAAACCCAUCACGUCGCUGCGCUUCAUCCCCAACUCGGGCCACCUGCUGCUCUCCGCGUCGGCGGACUGCAAGGCCAAGAUCUGGGACGCGUUCCACUCGCGCGAGCUGCUGCGCACCUUCUCCGGCCACUCCAAGGCCAUCACAGACACGGACUUCCACCCCACAGGCUCCACCUUCCUCACAGCCUCCUACGACCGUCAAAUGAAGCUCUGGGACACCGAGUACGGCAAAUGCAUCAACCGCUUCUCCACCGGCAAGACACCGCACGUCGUGCGCUUCAACCCCAGCCCGGAACACUCGCACGAGUUCCUAGCCGGCAUGUCGGACAAAAAGAUCGUCCAAUUCGACACACGCUCCGGCGAGCUCGUCCAGGAAUACGACCACCAUCUCGCAGCAAUCAACACCAUCACCUUCGUCGACCGCAACCGGCGCUUCAUCUCCACCUCCGACGACAAGUCCCUGCGCGCUUGGGAAUACGGCAUCCCCGUCCCCAUCAAAUUCAUCGCCGAACCCUACAUGUUCGCCCUCACACGCGCCGCCACCCACCCCAACGGGAAAUACGUCGCCUUCCAAAGCGGCGACAACCAGAUCGUCGUGUACGGCGCGACGGACAAGUUCCGCCAGAACCGCAAGAAGAGCUACCGCGGCCACAACAACGCCGGCUACGCCAUCGACGUGAAGAUCUCCCCCGACGGGCAGUUCGUCACGUCCGGCGAUAGCGGCGGCUACCUCUGCUUCUGGGACUGGAAGACGGGCAAGAUGUAUCAUAAGAUUAUGGCGGGCGGGAAGGAGGGCGGCGCUGUUACUUGUCUCGAUUGGCAUCCGCAGGAGACGAGCAAGGUUGCGAGCGGUGGGUUGGAUGGGUUGAUCAGGUAUUGGGAUUGAUCACGCUUUUUUCGAUCCCGCUUUUCCUCGGGGUUUUGUUCUAUUUGAUUCCUUU